GUAGUCAUGUAUUGACAUUUUAAGGAAUCACACAGACAGUAUUUUUUGCCUUUUAAUCGUUUUAAGACGGAUAAAAGCGUUUGGAGCCUCACUUGACCUCGACUGGCUGUGCUUUUAGAGGAUUAAGGUGUUUUAUUGGUCUAUUUUUGUAUGUCCUUUUUUGACAGGAGGCUAACUUACAAACGGGAGUGAUAGUCUGCAGUAACGCUAUGGCCUGAGGAUCUGACCUCGGAGGACAAACACGGGGUCAACGUAUCUGUCUGCUGCUUGUCACAAUCGCCAGAGCAGCUACACGGAGCUUUUGCUUUCUUUUUUUUUUUUAAAUACCGGAAGUGAACCUGUGAGGUCGUCAUGGGAAGCAAAGUCAGCUCCAAAAUGGCUGCCCCCGCCGCCCGAGUUAUCCAGGCUGUUCGGCCUCACGCUCCUCUGAUCAAGUUCCCCAAAAGACAUGAUCUGCCAAGACCCAACGUCCAAGAGGCAUUGAAAACAUUAGCAGUUGAUUUAACACCACACAACAAUCCAGCACCACCUCCAUUAUCAAGACCUCAUGUACCUUUGACCCCAAUUCCUGGCACACCAGACACCUUGGCCUCUAUUCAGCUACUACCUGCAAGAUACCGCAGGAGACCGCUAGCAGCAGAGGAAAUGGACUACAUCCAGCGCGGUGGACCAGAGUGACGUGAAGCGACUCAAUAACCGCAACCAAAGUCCUUAUCUGUUGGAGAUCAGUUUUUGUCUUUAACUCUGUUCCUCAGCACAAGAGAACCUAAUGCCACAUGACACAUGAUGUAGAAUAAAGUAUUGGAUAAAUCCUGUUUAAAUGUACAUAUGUUUAUUUUUUAGAUGUUAAAUCUUAAUUGUAUUUAUCAGAAUGUCUUCAUUGUAUUUCGCACAGCAAAGCCAUUACAACAGCAUCUAGGUUUUCUUUAUUUACUUUAUUAGCACUGCAGCUAUUCCUUACAGGUUUGUUUUUUUUGCUAAACAGUGGUUUAAACAUGAUAUCGUCUCGAAUUUUCUGAUUUUGUCUUACUAUAUUUUGAGCUUCACUUGCUUUACCACCACACAAAAAUCCAAACGCCAGGCUCUGGUACAAAAAUAAAAUGAUUGGAUUUUGCAUUUCAUGCCUUUUCACUGCAAUCCACGAACUCAUCUGUCUGCUGGACUCAAACGAGGCUGAAGAGAUGCUGGAUAUAAAGUUGCAAUAUUACCGAGUGAACUGGUUUUGAGUUCCUGUGAACCAAUGCUGGAUUUAAAUGAUUAAAAGAAUAUUGAAUUUUGA